UUUCUUCCUUUCUAUUCUAGUUGAUCGUCUAAACACGUCAACACACUUUGCGUGGAGUGUGAUAACAUUUAAAAGAAAGACACUAAAGGACAUUGAGCUUGUCCCUGAAAAGUCCAUGUUCCUAAUUUUGUACUUUGGCCAAAGCAAACCUACUUCCUAAAAAUCUAUGAAUACCCCAUAUGAUCAGUUCCAAAUCUCUUUCUCUCUAAGACUAAAAAGAUGUCAUCAAUAGCGUCUGGUACAGCUCCAACCACCAAAUCCGCUGCUUGUUUCAGAAGAACUUAUUCAUCUCGGUCAAUGUUGUUAUCAUCGUUAUCUUCUUCCUCAUCACCUGCCUCUGCAAAACUCCUAAACUCUAGCAAUGGUUCCUCAAGUUCUUCUUCAUCUCCUAAACCCUUCAGACCCGUUAUGCGCAGCAGAGAAGCUGAUAGACUCGAAGAGGAAAGACUUCUCCAUGUACAAUGGCAAGACAUCACGGUAAAGAUGGUAGUGGACGCACCAGCUUCCGUGGCUUACAAGUUAUACGCGGAUCGUGAAUUGUUCCCUAAGUGGUUGCCGUUUUUGUCAUCCGUUGAGGCAGUGGAGGGCAGUCCGGAUUUAUCGCGUUAUUUGGUGAAAUUCGAGUCUUUUGGUAAAAAAUUUGAAUAUUAUUUUCUCGCAAAAAAUUUGGAGCCAAUCCCGGAUCGAAAGCUGCAUUGGAGAUCUAUCGAAGGCUUUGCGAAUAGAGGCAGUGUUCGAUUUUUCCACAGAGGCCCUUCCUCGUGCUUGGUAGAGAUCAACUUUUCAUUUGAAGUUCCACAUGCUUUUGCUCCAGUUGCAUUCGUAAGCCUACUAGUAUUCUCCAUGUUGUGAAUGAUAGAUUAUUUCUUAAUGAAACCGUUUAUGGAGGGGCUUAUUCGUGGAGGAUUGGAAAGUUUUGCUGCCUUCGUGAAGACCACUUAAGGCAUAAACAAACAUUACGUUAUGUGCAUUAAUCCAAAUAAAUUGUUCUUUUUCUGUAGUGUGUUUUGUUUUUGCUUUUUGUUGGGAGGCAACAUGUCCAAACAUGAUAUAAUGUUGUUAUUUCUAAAUAUCUAUCUAUCAAAACAAAUAUUUGUUGAAUAUUA